AUGGAGGUAAAUUGUUUAACACUCAAAGACCUGAUCCACCCCAGGCCGCCCAGACUAGAUUUUGCAAUUGAAGACGGAGAAAAUGCUCAAAAGGAAAAUAUUUUUGUUGAUCGCUUGAGGAUGGCUCCGAAGACGCCAAUAAAAAAUGAGCCAAUUGAUUUAUCGAAGCAAAAAAUCUUCUCUCCAGAAAGAAAUCCUAUUACUCCCGUCAAGCUGGUGGAUAGACAGCAGACAGAACCAUGGACGCCCACAGCUAACCUAAAGAUGCUCAUUAGUGCUGCCAGCCCAGACAUAAGAGACCGGGAGAAGAAAAAGGAAUUGUUCAGACCCAUUGAGAAUAAAGAUGAUGCCUUUACAGAUUCUCUGCAACUUGACGUUGUUGGGGACAGUGCAGUUGAUGAGUUUGAAAAGCAAAGGCCAAGCAGGAAACAGAAAAGUUUAGGACUCCUAUGCCAGAAGUUCCUAGCUCGCUAUCCAAGUUAUCCCUUGUCAACUGAGAAAACUACCAUCUCCCUCGAUGAAGUUGCUGUCAGUCUUGGUGUUGAGCGGAGGCGGAUCUAUGACAUCGUGAAUGUGCUGGAGUCUCUGCACCUGGUCAGCCGGGUGGCCAAGAAUCAGUAUGGCUGGCAUGGACGGCACAGCCUGCCCCAGACCCUGAGGAGCCUCCAGAGACUCGGGGAGGAGCAGAAAUAUGAAGAGCAGAUGGCGCACCUCCAGCAGAAGGAGCUUGACCUCAUGGAUUAUAAAUUUGGAGACCGUAAAAAAGAUGGUUAUCCCGAUUCCCAAGAUCCACAACUACUGGACUUCUCUGAACCCGACUAUCACUCUUCAUCUGCAAACAGUCGAAAAGACAAGUCUCUGAGAAUAAUGAGCCAGAAGUUUGUCAUGCUGUUCCUGGUCUCCAAAACCAAGAUUGUUACUCUUGACGUGGCUGCCAAAAUCCUGAUAGAAGAAAGCCAAGACACCCCUGACCACAGUAAAUUUAAAACAAAGGUACGGCGUCUCUAUGACAUCGCCAAUGUUCUGACCAGCUUGGCACUCAUCAAGAAAGUGCAUGUCACGGAAGAGAGAGGCCGGAAACCUGCCUUCAAGUGGAUUGGGCCCGUUGACUUUAGUUCUAGUGAUGAAGAACUCGUGGAUGUUUCUGCCUCUAUCUUACCAGAACUGAAGAAAGAAUCAUAUGGCCAGAUUCGGGUCUGUGCAAAACAGAGGCUGGCUCGACAUGGUUCUUUUCCCACAGUUCAGGCUUCUGAGAGGAUCCAGAGGAAAGUGAACUCAGAACCCAACAGCCCUUACAAAGCGCAAGGAACAGGGGGCUACUCCUUAGAAAUUGGAAGUGUGGCAGCUGUCUACAGACAGAAAAUAGAAGAAAAAUCACAGGGGGACGCCUUUGCCAGUAAGGGCGCAGUGCCUCCAGUGGGCAGCCUGGACCCUGCUGCUCCCGGCCUCAUCCCCUCCAUGGAUCCUGAAUACUGUGUGAAUCCCUCAGCCCACCCUGUGUUUUCCGUGGCUCAAAAGGACGUGCAGGCCUUCUCUGUACAGAACGGUGUAAAUGGACACGUAGGCAUCUCAUUCGCUUCAGCACCCUCGGACUUGGAGAGCCUGAAGCCAGCCCUGCUGGCCGGCCAGCCCAUGGUGUACGUGCCUUCCACCUCACUAUUCAUGCUGUAUGGGAGCCUACCGGAGGGAGCGUCCCCGGGCCCAGGGUCAGAGAGGGACAGCCGGAGUGCAGAAAGCACCACAGCAGCGGAGCCAUCAUCCACAGUUCAGAAGCGCCUUGGGGAGGAGAGGAGCCCUGAAGAGGAGCAGCCAGCCAGUAAACGGCAGAGCCGGGACUACGAGGACGGUCCUCUGUCCCUCGUCGUGCCCAAGAAAUCCUCAGAGUCCGAGGACACUGCUUCUCCCAGGAUCCCGGGACCUGCACUUCUUGAAGAUGGCCACCUGAACGGCCAGCAUCCUGCUGCAAAGGAGGGUUUGGGAAAAGCAAUAGCCAACAGCUUCGUGUCUUCUGAGUGGGGCAACCCUCCAAGAAACCCAGACAUUGAAAAGCCUUCGCAAGAAACAGAGAGCGCCAAAGAACCCUCUUUGCUGCCAUAUCUUUAUGUACAGUCACCGGCCGGGUUAAAUGGUUUCAACGUGCUCUUACCUGGCAGUCAGUCCCCUCAUAACCUGGGGCCCCCUUCAGCUCAGCUACCAUCCAUCGGCGUUCCUUGCAUGGUCUUACCGUCACCCACGCUGGGCCCUUUUCCUGUUCUCUACUCCCCCACCAUGCCCCAGCCGGUGCCCUCUGCUCCCGGCACACUCCCACCCACAGGACCGGUGAAUUUUGGCCUGCCUGGCCUUGGCUCCACGGCUCACCUUCUCAUCAGCCCCGCCACCAUGGUGAAUCCCAAAUCAUCGAUACUCCCCUCAGCAGACCCUCAGCUCCCGGGUCCGUGCUCACUUAACCUGAGUCCAGUGAUGUCCAGAUCACACCACGUGAUCCAACCCGACUCCCCCGUCUACGGGGGCCAUCCAGUCUCUGUAGUCAAAUUACAACAGUCUCCAGCCCCAGUAACUCCCAAAAGCAUCCGAGGUACACAUCGCGAGACAUUUUUCAAAACACCCGGCAGCCAUGGAGAGCCCGUUCUGAAGAGGAAAGAGAGGAGCCAGAAGCGAAACAGCAGCUCGGCACAGAGAAGGCUCGAAAUUCCCGGCAGCGGCCCUGACUAG